AUUAAAAAUUAGACUGUCAAAAAAUAAGGGAAAUCGAGAAAAUCUAAGAGAAAGUCGAAAAAGUAUGAUUAGAAUAAUGACAAGUCGUAGAAAGAAUAGAAUCAUGAUAGAAUAACUGAAAAUAGUCGAAAAAUGAUUUAGUUUUUAGUUACGAACAAUAUAGUAAAAUAUGAUGAUAAAAAUUAGUGCUUUUAGAUUUAUGUUUUUGAGUAAUAGAAGUCGGCUGCUUAAAAUAUGAAAAAUGUUGAUGAUUGAAUUUAUGGUUUUAAACAUAUUUCUACUUGUAUAGUGUCUUCAUUGUUAAAUAACAUGGCUAGAGAUGGCGACCUGCCUACUAUAUUUAACCCCAAACGUGUUAGAGCACCUUCUGUGAUAAUAACAAGUGAGGAGGUGGUGGAAAGUGAGCGAAGUGGAGGAGACGGUGACCGGGAGCGACCAAACGGGCCGCCGACUCCGCUCAGUCCCCGUCCACCGCUUACACCACAAGCUUCAGUGUGUUCAGCACCUCCUCUGACAACUCAACCAUCACUACAACAGGCAUAUAGUGAAUCUGCUACAAGUAGUCAAGAUGAAGAGAGACAGUUAAGAGAUAAAAAGUGUCCUAGAUCUUGUUGCUCACGAUUUGCUAAAAAGAUUUAUUAUGGUGUGUGUGUCACAGUUGUCCUUACAGCAUCUUGGGUUACAGCAACUCAUUGUAUUAAGCAUAUGUACUUAGAAGUUUAUGCCCCAAACAGUCAGAACUUUAUCCACAGUACAGAACCUUCAUCUCUUUUCUACAACAAUCUUACUUCUAGAAUCCAUGGCCAUCACCUGUACAAUGCUCCAUUCUUCACAGCCUGGUUUUGCACUAAUUGGCUGAUAUUGUUCUAUCCCUUGUAUUUGAUUGUGAUGCUGAUACAUAACAAGUGCAAGUCUGCCCAUGAUAUUGUGUUUGAUGCCUUCACUGAUUUUAGAGACAAAGGAUUUACUUUUGGUGAGCUAAUAAAUUGUAAUCAUAGCACCUCAUACAAAUAUGUCAAAUCCAUCCACUUGAUUAUCCAUAAUGUGUUUAGGGUAUAGUUUAAAACAAAGUAAAGGCACAGAAUAACACAGUAGCGUAAUUAAGAACAAAUCAUCACACAGAGAUGCACAUGCAUAUGUGAAUUCUUAGGAGGUCUCGAGAUGAGCUCAGUUGCACUUGUCAUGGCAAGACUGCUAGUCGUACAGAGAGUGAGUUAUCUCAAUAAAAAUGACACAAAAACAUUGUAUAGUAUAUGAAUGUUUAAAUUUGACAAGAAGAUGGACGUCAUUUUUCGCAGUUGUUUUAGUAAAGAAAACAUUAAAGAAAUAGAUGAGAUUCCUUUAAACGCCCCUUUUCUCUGUUUCCUGAUAGUUUAUUAAAAACCAUUUUUAUGAAUGAGGAUUUUUUUAUACCGUAAAUUUGAAUAAUUAAGCAUUCAAACUAUUAACGGACGAAAAUACUUUUCAGUGUGUAAAAUAUAACAAGGCAAUUACAAUAAAAACCUUUAUAAGUAUAUUGUUGUAGAAUCACAAAUGUGCAAUGGAUUUUAAGAGAGAUACCGUGUAUUUGAUAAUGAUCCUCUACACAAAAGAUCGGACAAGAGUUAAGCUUUCAAAUUAUUUUUGAAAAGUUACACUUAUUACACAAAUGUGGACAGAACAUUACUAAACAAAUUAUGGCCUACAUAAAAUAAUUCUUCAAUUAUGUGCUUCUUUUAUAAUUAAUAAAUCAUUGUAGAUACGUUUCUUUUUUAUUUUCAAUUAACUAGAGAUAGCUUAGAUAACAGACAUUAAAGUUGAGAAGUGGGGGGCUUGUUACAUCACAAAUUUUGUAGAAAAUGUACAUAAGCGUAACGUCAUCUAACAUUUAAACUCGAUAUAUUUUCGUAAUUUAAUAAUUAUGAAAAAAAUCGUGUUUAAUAUUUUUUAAUGAUCUAACCUCACCGACAAAACAAACAAAAAAAUCCAUUUUUUUAAUAUUAGAGGCAGAGAAUAAGAAAGAAUAUACCUAGACAUCUAAUUAGCAGGCACACAAAGAUCUUCCAAUAUCUCUCAAAUUUACAGUGCCACUAAUUAUAUGCCAUGUAUUAUUGUUUACUCACAGCUUAUUGACACACCUACGUAAGACCCAUAAACUUGUUGGCGUGCCCGUUACCAUGAUAUUGCAUAGGUAUAAUUCAGUUGUAUGUUAAAUAACUUUUUCAAUUAACUUUGUCACAACUUAUAAUUAGGAAGCUGGUUUCAACACUAGUUUACCUUAAAAAUAAACAUAGAACCAAUUUCAAGUGAAACCCUAGGAUAAAACUUUAGUUAUUAUCCACAAACUUGGAUUCUUUAGUAGGUAAAAUAUUAGUAGCAGCCCGAUACUUCGCAUUAAAUAAAAGACAAUAAAAUCUUUUAAUUAAUAAUAAAAGGCUAAUACUCUUAAACAAGUAAUUUUUUUUUUGCAUUUCCGUUAGUUUGUUAAAAAUUACAUAUAAUUUCAAAUAUGUAUUUUUAUGAGAUGUAACUUUGUACUUUUCUUUUUAUUGAACUGUCGAUCUACGUAUAAUUAGAAUAGGCUUGUAAUAUUGUAAAAUGAAAUUAUAAAUUAUGGUUUUCAUUCAUACAAAUUAAUUUAUUCCCAGAACGGAGCUAUUUACAGGGAGUAUCAUUAAAUAAGUGGUUUAUUUAUUAAAAAUAAAAUAACGAUGAUUGGCCGGAUGUUGUUGCCUUAAUAAAAAAAAGGCUGGUUGGAUUAGUCUUGCUCUAAGACAUUAUUGUUCGAGGCGCGGUAGCAUGAAGCAGUGUGUUUGAAUCUAGAAGUUUUAUUACAAUGUAUUUUUGUUAUUGCGUAAUCAUUAAAUUACGACGAUACAUCGAGUUAAAAUGUCACAUGACGUCACGCUUUUUUAAAUUUUCUUUAAAACUGUGACGUAACGAGCCCCCACUAAUCAACUUUAAAUGCCUGUUGUCUUAGCUAUUUUUUGUUAAAUUUAAGUAAAAAAAAAAUACGUAUUUUUCAAUUAUUUGAUUGAGACGGACUGAAUAGGAUUUUCCUUUUUUUUACGCAGUCAUCAUCCCUAUUAUUAUAUACAUAUAUAACAUCAAUCACGGAAACGGCUCAAAUGAUAAAUAAUGGUUUAGAGAAAUCUGUUCGUAGUAACUUUUAUCCUAGCUCAACCUUAUGUUCCAUAUGCAUAUGAGUAUCAUCGCUGGCCAUACAACUAUAAAGUAACGCCAACUCACUCAAAUCUCUUUGACACAUAAUAUUGUACUGAGGUGCUCGUGUGUACCUUUAUGCAAAUAUAAGGAAAUAUUGUUGAAUAUUUGUAUAAAGUGUUUGUUUGUUAAAGCGCGCUUCAUCAGUCGCUGCGGUCUCUUCUGUCUGCUGUGGGUGGUGACAGUCUACAUGUACACUUAUUCGUUGAAGAUACUUCUUUCAACCGACGUCGUCGCCCUCUUUGCCACUAAUGUGUCUUGCAUAUAUCUGCUGUCCUGGGUCAUCCUUCACGAGCAGUUCGUGGGAGUUAGGGUAUGAUUAUUGAGAAUUUAUUUAAAACGAUAUUUCAAUUUUAGGUUUUAUACCAAAGUCAGAAUUAUUCUAGUAUUCAUGCAACACUUAAGAAUAGCGUAUUCUACGCUGAAAAAGCUCUCGGAACUGUUCAUUGUAAUUUAAUUGAGCCACCAAAAAUGUGAUUUGUUUUUAAAUAUAUUUAAAAUAAUCGUGUCGGUGGUGCGCCAGAUCGUGGCGGCGAUCCUGUGCGACACGGGCAUCGCGCUGCUCGCGUACAUGGACGGCAUCACGGGCAGCCCCACGCUCGGCGGCGUCGUGCUGGCCGCCUGCGCCGCCGCCGGGUUCGCCAUAUUCAAGGUUCGCCUCGGUCGCCCUGCACUGACUCCGCCCUGUUCACUGUGCGUGAGUCACUAUUCCCGGUAUGCUACGUGUCCGCAGGUGCUAUUCAGGAAAGUGAUGGGCGAGGUGAACGCCGGGCAGCGCGCGCUGUUCUUCUCCAUCGUGGGCGUGGUGAACGCGGCGCUGCUGUGGCCGCUGUGCCUGGCGCUGUACCUGUCGGGCUCCGAACUGGCGGCGCGCGUGCCCUGGCUGCAGCUGCUGCUGGCCAGCGCGGCGUUGCUCGGUACACGAAACCGAUGAAAUACAUCCAUCCAUCCGAACCUCUGCAUACAUCGAACGUCACAUUGAGCUUGCUAACACACUAUGUUUCAUAUAGUCGAUCAUUUGAAAUAAAGACGUUUCCAAAAUUG